GAUUCACUUCCUGGCUUUAAUAUCGGGUUUACAGGUCUGAUAAUUAAUAGAAAACGCGUCUCUAGGGACUUAGAGACUUAGGGACUUAGUGCGUGGCUUAACUACGUUGUUUUGUUGCGUUGUUUCGGUGGGAUUUGUGUCGAGGUUGGGUUUGGGAAAGGCUAAUGAGACACUGGAGACCAUCCGGCUGCUGCCUUUACUACUAGCUAAUAAAGACGUUUCUAACGGUACAGUUUACUCCAAGCAAAGCUCCUUCAGCUGUUUGUUUUCACUGUCUGUUUCAGUUUGGAUUUUUUGCGAAGGAAAGAUGACUGCGGACAACGAAAUAGACAUCAAGGAGGCGUUUCAGCGCGCUCAGAAGGGCCACAAUAACAAGGCAAAACUUGUGGCAAGCCUCAAGAGCCGCUACAACAAGCUUGAGGAUAAAACGUUGUUCCACGAGGAGUUUGUCCACUACCUGAAGUAUGCAAUGAUUGUCUACAAACGUGAACCUGUGGUUGAAAAUGUCAUUGAGUUUGCUGCAAGGUUCGCCACAAGUUUCCAGUCUCCCCCUAAAACAAAUGAAGAGGGGGAGCAGCAAGAGGAGGAGGAGGAGGAGGAAGAUGAAGAUGCUGAGGAUGACCAUCCAUUUUUGAGUUUCAUAUUCAACUUCCUGUUGGAGUCCCAUAAAGCCAGUAGCCAUGCAGUACGUUUCCGAGUGUGCCAGCUAAUCAACAAGUUGCUGGGUAGUAUGGCUGAGAAUGCCCAGAUUGAUGAUGAUCUCUUUGAUCGCAUCCACCAAGCCAUGCUGGUCCGUGUGACUGACAAAUUCCCCAACGUCAGGAUUCAGGCUGCUUUGGCCAUGACGCGCCUUCAGGAGCCACAAGAUCCAGACUGUCCAACCAUCAACGCUUACAUGUUAAUUCUGGAAAAUGAUACUAAUGCUGAGGUGCGACGUGCCGUUCUGUCCUGUAUUGCAAUGUCCCCUCGGACCCUUCCCAAAGUACUCAAACGCACUCGAGACAUCAAAGAGAAUGUCCGCAAGCUAGCCUACCAGGUUCUAGCCGACAAGGUUCACAUUAAAGCCCUUAGCAUCGCCCAGAGAGUAAGUUUACUGCAGCAGGGCCUCCAUGAUGCCUCAGAAGCGGUAAGGGAGGUGGUUUGCGCUCGUCUGUUGCCGGCCUGGCUGGUUCGGCUGGAUGGGAACAUCAUUGAGCUGCUCCACAGGCUGGAUGUGGAAAACUGUGCUGAAACAGCUCUGGAGACCCUGAAAGCCAUCUUCAAAAACACCCCGACUGAAGAGCUGCUGCAGAAUAGACUAGAGCUUGACAAGAGGAAGCUGAUCCCAGAGGACUCUCUGACCUGUGAAAAUGUGCUUUACUGGAGAGCUCUUUGUGAGUUCAUCAGAGGUAAAGGAGAUGAUGGUGAUGAAAUGCUGGAGCAAGUCUUGCCAGAUGCAGCCACUUAUGCCAACUACUUCUGUGGAUAUCUGAAGGCCGUGCCUGUGCUGUCAGAGGAGCAGAGGGCCGACUUUAACCAACUGGAGCUUGUCAUGACCAAAGAGUUCAUCUCGCAACAGCUCAUCCAUCUCAUUGGUUGUCUGGACACCAACGAGGAGGGUGUCAGGAAGCGUGUGCUGGCUGUUCUGCAGGACAUGUUGGCUCUUCCUCAGACCCCCUCCUCUCUGGUCUUCCUCCUCACCGGGAAGCUCCUCAGCCUCAUCCCUGAUGACCACCGACGCAUCCAAACUGUGGCAGAAAUCAUCUCUGACGUGAGGGAGCCCAUCAUGGAGACCAGUCAGCCGGUGGAUGAGAACGAGAGCCGCCGGCAGCAGGUCCAGCUUGCAGAGGUGAAAGUGUGUAUCUUGGAGGCUAAACAAACUCUGGAGGACUGCAUCGCUGCUCAGGAGUUCAACCGGGCAGCAGAGCUGAAGGACUCCAUCACAGACCUUGAAAAUCGCAGAAACCAGAUCCUCCAGGAAAUUGCAGAAAGCAACCAGACGACUGACAAGGAGGCCCACAUCGAGAAGAAUGACCCAGAUACUCUUUUGAGAUGUCUAACAAUGUGUGCUGAGCUGCUGAAACAGAUGAACAUCAAAACUCGAAUUGGUCCAACCAUAAGCACCUUAAUGUCGUCACUGAUCCUGCCCAGUAUAGCAAGCACUCACCCUGCUGUCCGCAACAUGGCUGUGGUGUGUUUAGGAACAUGUGCUCUGCAUAGUAAGGAGCUUGCCAAAACUCACAUGGUCCUGCUGCUACAGAUAGCUCAGCUGGAUGAGGUAAAGAUCCGUAUCAGUGCUCUGCGGGCCAUCAUCGACCUGCUGUUGCUGUUUGGCUUCCAGCUUCUCUCUGAAACAGCUGCCACUCACACAGCCCCGCCCUCCCAGUCCUCACCAGACAAGCAGGAGGACGACAACGCGGCAGCCGAGGAGAAGGCAGACGUCCCAGAGGACACCGCGCAGAGUAUUCUUGGGAUGCUGUCAGAGUUCCUGGACAGUGAGGUGACCGACCUGCGGACAGAAACAGCAGAGGGCCUGGCCAAACUCAUGUACACGGACCGCAUCUCCAGCGCCAAGAUGCUGUCCCGUCUGGUGCUGUUGUGGUACAAUCCCGGCACUGAGGACGACACCCGCCUACGGCACUGCCUCGGCGUCUUCUUCCAGCUCUACGCCCGCGAGAGCAGGGCCCACCAGGAUGUUGUGGAGGAAAGUUUCCUGCCGACUGUUCGGACCCUGAUGAACGCUCCAGCAACGUCUCCACUCGCUGAGGUGGAUGUCAACAACGUGGUCGAGCUGUUUGUGGAGCUGACUCGCACAAGUGCACUGAUUAAACCUUCACCUAACACUGAGGAGAUGUGUGUCCAUGACUACCUGGCUGUGCGUAUCUGCGGUGAGAUGUUGAAGGACCCCACAGCCCCUGAGGUGCGCCUCUAUGCCAAGACUCUGAGCAACCUGGAGCUCAGCAGAGACGAGACCGUCAGGGAGGAUCUGCAGACGCUGUUGCAGCAGCUUGUACAGGUGGUGAAGGAUCGUGUCUGUCUUCGUGCUCUGGAGAAGAUGAUUUCUCAGCUGGCGGACUCAAAAGAACAGGCUGAGCUUCUUAGCGCCACCGCCUUACAGCCCCUGGAUGUCAAUGCAGAUGAGGCUGCAACAGACGAUCCAUCAAAAUCUGCCAAGAGAGCCAAAAGAAGUAAUGCAGGUCAGAGGAAAGUGUGCACAGCCAAAGGUAGUAGAAAGCCAAGCAGGAGGGCAGAGUCAUCAGAAGAGAGCGAUGGAGAAAAUGUUCCAGAGUCAGUCCCCAUGGUGCGGCCAUCACGGAGGGCCAAAACUGCAGCUCUGGAGAAGACAAAGCUGGACCUUAACCCCCUCAUCAACCAGGAGGCCAAUGUGUCUUAAAGUCAGCUUACCAGCUUACCUUUCUGUAUUGUCUUAGUGCUCAGUUAAUAAGUCAUAUUUACUUGCAGGUUGCAUUUCUCCAUGUUUUUAGUUUUGUGU